CGCCACUUCUUCUUCUUCCAAGCUGAAGCAGAGAGGUUUAGCAGCGGGCGAGUAAACAAAAAUGGCGGUUGAAGAGAAGCCAGAAGAGCUGGUGACACCAGGAGAAGUGCUGGGAAGAGCGGCUGAGCUUAGAGCAGGGAAGGGCGCAUACGUAGCGGCCCACAACGGCCUCGUCUACGCCUCCCUCACUGGGCGCGCCCGCACCGUACCCCCCUCGCCGGAUUCCCCCGACCAGAGACCUAUGGUGGAAGUGAUCGGUCUGAAGGCUCAUGGUGCUGUUCCAGAACCAGGUUCCAUUGUUAUUGCAAGAGUAACUAAGGUAAUGGCUAGGUUGGCCUCUGUUGAUAUAAUGUGCGUAGGCCCCAAGUCUGUGCGAGAAAAAUUUACCGGCACCAUUAGGCAACAGGACGUAAGAGCGACUGAGAUUGACAAAGUAGACAUGCACUCAUCUUUCCGACCUGGUGAUACUGUCCGCGCACUUGUUCUGUCUCUUGGAGAUGCACGGGCUUACUAUCUAUCAACCGCCAAGAAUGACCUCGGAGUCGUGUCUGCAGAGAGUGCAGCAGGCGCUACUAUGAUUCCUAUUAGUUGGACAGAGAUGCAGUGCCCAUUGACUGGACAAAUCGAGCAGCGAAAGGUUGCAAAGAUUGGGAGCUGACCCAGUUGAAAGCUUUUGUAAUCAUGUAGGACAUGAUAUAAGUACCCAUGUAUCGAAAUCAUUAUGAUCUGUAUUGAGUUAGUGCAGAUGUUCUUCAUUGUCUUAGACUUCUCUUUGGUAAAUUUUGGAAUGAAUCAAGUAAAUUUCGGAAUGAAUCAUUUGCUUAUUGUCUGCA